AACCGCCAUGUUUCUUGGAUGAAGAAGAUCAACCACGCCAUUGUGCGCGUCAUACUGUAUCUUGAACGAUUUAUUUAAAAUUUCUGCCGACGAAAAGAAGAAAGGAUUUUCCGAGACCUACAACGUCAUUUAAAUCAUUUAUCGUCAAAUCUAAACUGCAGCUAUAAGGAUAGAAGGGUUAUAAAUUUAUUGUGGUGUGGUAAAUGUACGAGCAACAUGUAUAGCAACAACAUUGAUCCUUGGGAGCCAGGUUAUGGACCAGAAAGAAGAGGGCAUACUUCUGAUUACGAUUACCGUAAUGACUAUGGAAGCAAUCGAUCACCUGAUUAUGGAGAGCACCGUGAUUCAGAUCAUCGUGAUAGAGAUCAUCGUAGUCCAGAUUACAGAAAUCAUCGUGGAAGAGACAGAGACCGCGAAAGAGAUCGUUCGAGAGAUAGGAGAGAUCGUAGCAGGGAUGAUAGAGACCGUAGUUAUAGAGAUCGAGAAGAUCGUUAUGGAAGGCAAAGAGAUAGAGAUUCUACAGAGCGGGAUCGUGACCGUGAUCGGGACAGGGAUCGUGAUAGGGACAGAGAACGAUCAAGAAGGGAUAGGGACAGGGAUAGGGAUAGAGAACGUAGAGGGAAAAGAGAGGACAGAGAUAGGGAUCGCGAUGAUGACCACAGUCGUGAAAGUUUGGACUUUGAUCAUGACCAUGGUCGUGCUUAUGGCUCGUCCAUGGAAGGCAUCCACUACAAAUCUCAAUCUCCCAACAACACCAUAAUGAUUCGAGGGCUCGCGCAGCAUAUUACUGAAAAUGACGUGCGGCAAGACAUCCUCAACUGUGGUCUCAUGCCAAAGGACAUCAGGCUUAUUCGGAAAAAAGAUACAGGUGCUUCGCGAGGUUUUGCAUUCGUCGAGUUUAACGCGACUCAGGAGGCUGCACGGUGGAUGGAGAUGAAACAGGGAGUCCUGAUGCUACAGGAUCAAUACCGUGCAUUAAUGCAGUACAGUAUACCGAAGGAUUGUCAUGUGGAUAAACCACCUGCAAAGAAUACACAAGAUUGGCAUUGUGUAAAGUGUGGAGCACAUAAUUUCAAAAGACGUGAAACAUGUUUCAAAUGUUCUGCUUCACGAGCAGAAAGCGAAGAAGGUGGAGAAGGUAGCGAUGAAAUUAGUCCGCAUCCUACCAAUACCGUUCUCCUUAGAGGACUAGACGUGUUAACCACUGAAGAUUCGGUUCUCCAAGCGAUGAAAAAUCUGUCAUCGAUGCCAAUUAGGAGUAUACGUAUCGGACGAGAUUCUCUGACAAACACAUCAAGAGGUGUUUGUUAUUUAGAAAUGGGUAACGUUGUGGACGCAAUGUAUUUACAUACAGCGCUCACGAAACAAGGAUUAGUCGUUGACGGUAGGAAAGUAGAAAUUGCAUAUUGCAAGUUACAUCAAAUUAAUAAUACGAAUGCAUGGAAGUCUAAUGAUAAUCAGUCGCAAAGGUACACCUUGGAUGAUGUAGCUCAAUUGGCAGAAUAUAGUGCCAAUUUAUAUGCCAAAACACCAGCACAAAAAGCUCAUUAUCUUCAGUAUUAUACACAGUACUAUCAGAAUCAGAUAAUGCAAGGAACAGCUAUUACAUUACCUUCGUUGAACCAAACGGACCGAGUAAAUGCAGCUGCUGCAGUGGCUCAGUCUGCUAUACAACAGCUGCAAGCAUCCAGAAAGAUAGGCGAUGCAGAUGAAAUGAAAGGCAGACCAACUCCUACUGCACCAACUAGCACAACUUUAGCAAGUGGAAGAGUGCCUGCUCAUGCAAAUGAUGGAAAAGUUUAUUCAGUGCCUGAUGUCAGCACCUAUCACUAUGACGAAUCUUCAGGUUAUUAUUAUGAUCCGAGUACAGGAUUGUAUUAUGAUCCUAACUCACAAUACUAUUACAAUAGCCACACGCAACAAUUUCUUUAUUGGGAUGCAGAAUCAUUCUCCUACCAACCAGCGAAGACAACCACAAGCGUUACCCCAACAACAGGUACUGCUACUACGAGUGGAACUACGAUAACAGCAACCGCUAGUAGUACCGAUUCGGCUACAACAGUCAUGAGUCAAGCUACCCCAUCUUCAACAACCACAACUCAAGAUGUGUUGAAGGAGGAUGAAAGUAAGAAAAAAGAUAGUAAACAGGACAAAGUAAAGGUUGCAAAGAAAAUAGCAAAGGAUAUGGAACGUUGGGCAAAAACUUUAAAUCAAAAGAAAGAAAAUGCCAAAAGUAAUUGGAAUUCAGAAUUCACUGGAGCUGAUGGUAAUCAAGGUGUAGGAAGUGGUGCAGCCGACGCUGGUUAUGCUAUAUUGGAAAAGAAAGCCCUUACAAAUCCAUAUCACGAAGAUGAGGAUCCCAGUGGAAAUAACGGUUUAGUAGCUGCUUAUGGUGGUGGAAGCGACACAGAAGAGGAAAUUGAGGAUGUCCAACAAGAAGAAAGGCAACAUACGGAUUGGAGCAAACUAGCUUGUUUACUUUGCAAACGACAAUUCCCGAGCAAAGAAGCUUUGCUUCGGCAUCAACAAUUAUCAGAUCUUCAUAAACAAAACUUAGAAAAUUGGUAUCAGGUGCGUGGUUUAGAUCCAAACGACCCUCAACAAAGAAACAAUAAGUAUCGAGAUAGGGCUAAAGAAAGGCGAGCCAAGUAUGGUGAACCGGAACCUCCACAACCUAAUAAAUUAAAAGAAAAAUAUUUAAAAACCAGAGUGGAAGACAUAUCUGUUUCUUAUGAAGAACCUACAAGGACAGGUAUUGGCUCGGAUAAUGUUGGCAAUAAAUUAUUACAAAAGAUGGGGUGGAGUGAAGGAAUGGGCCUUGGUAAAUCAAAUCAAGGUAGAACGAGUAUCAUUGAAGCAGAAAGACGAGUUCCUACUGCGGGUUUAGGGGCUAAAUCAUCAUCUUAUAGUGCUCUACCCGGGGAUACGUAUAAGGAUUGUGUAAAGAAAAUGAUGUAUGCUCGUUAUCAGGAACUAUCUGAUACGUAAUACGUUAAGUAUUGUUAAAUAGAUUUUAUAUAUGUAUAUAUAUAUAUAUGUGUAUAUAUAUAUGUAUAUAUAUGUGUAUAUAUAUAUAUAUGUGUAUAUAUAUAUAUAUAUAUAUAUAUAUAUAUAUAUGUAUGUAUAAGAACUUGUAUUCAAAUUUUCCAUAGAUAUGUAGUUAUAUAUCCACAUUAUCUGAUAAAUAUGAAAUAUGUCGGAAACUGCACAGUAAUAAUCUGUUUUUAAGAUUAGUUCGAUGAAAAUUAUUUUUCACGUAAAAUACCAUUGUUCUUUCGUGUAUACUUACCGAUAGACAAAGUAGUCGAAGAAUAAUAAUAAUAUUUACUCUAUAGAAAAUACGUCACUAUCAGAAAUAUAAGGUGAAAAUUGAUAACACAAUUUUAUUUAUGCAAUGGCAUCCUAUUAAACUUACAAUGCGCAAUAAUUUUUUUCAUAUUUAGCAUUUCUACACCUCGAAUCACAAUCAUGUUAGGAUUAACUUUCAAAGGAAUUCCGUAUCACAUUCUCUAAACUACUUUCUUGAUAGUAACGCACGAAAAUUUUUGUAUCAAUCAUAAUAUGUGAUGAUACGUAAAAAUAAAAUAUACAAUUUAGUAUUGAUAGAUCAAAUGAUUAUAUCAAGUCUAUAAAUCAUUGUAAAAUUCUAAAUAUUUCAAUUUUUAAAUGCAGAAGCAUUAUGAAAUAUGUUCAUUAAAACGUACAAAUUAAACCAAUUUCUCCUUUAAUUCAUAAUAAACAUUGAAAAAAGUGUCAAUAACAAAAAUGCUAUUUCACAAAUUAUCUUUCAUAAUACUUUAAAUAGUCUUUCCUCUCUUAUCUCUACAAUUAUUACAAAUCAUUUUGAACUGUUUUUGUUAACCCAUAAUGCAUCGAACUUUAUAAUUUCAUAAUAAUAUUCUGUAGUAUGUAAAAUUUUCGUAUAUAUAUAUAAUAUAAUUAUAUUUAUUACACAGUACAAUCUCAAAUGAUAUGUACGUUAAUCUUUUUUUUUAUGAGUUUUAUCAAAGUUUGAAAUAUUGCAUUAACAAUUGUCAUUAUAUGUAUACAUCUCCCCUGAACUAUUGUUACAAUUUAAUCUAAUUUUUUUUAAUUUACUAUCCACAAUGUAUGAAAUAAUAAAAUCAGGAAGGAUAAUAAAUAUACCUGUGAAGUAUUGCUAAACA